AUGGAGAUUCAGCAGCAAUCCACCGGAUUCGGCCGCGUGCCCGUCAAGUCGACCGAAGCAGCCCCCCACCAGUGCCGCCCGCAAAACCAGUGGGCUCCCGAUUCGGAGGUGGGCAAGUGGGAGAACGAGAUCGAGGAGAUUUUCCAUGACGCCGCGGUAGGCCAAGUGCAACAAGUCGACCAGGCCCAGACCGGACAACAACAACAACUCCAACAAGCCCCAAUGGACUCGGAGCUUUUCCUCGCCCAAGGCCCCACCCAGACCCCCGAUAUCCAGCCGGAAAUUCGUCACGAAUCCACCGAAAAGUCGGUGAUGAACAAGGCGACGAUCCGCAGCGAGGAGGAGUUCCCGCCGCUCGGCACCGAUUCCCUCACACAGAACCGCGACCAGGAGAUGGCCCAGGAGAAGCCGAUGUUCGGCUCGACGCCCCAGGAGCACGAGCAGUUGGAGUCGUCUCUCAAUGCGCAGCUGCCGCGUCACGGCAUGCCCCUCGACACGUUCAUCGAGCACGGCAUUGACGGAAAGCCCCAGCGCAACAUUGAAGACAAGGCCCACCAGGAUCGCGACGAGCUCGCCCCGAAAACUGGCAUCCGAGCUGGUGAGGGGUUGAGACACAAAUUGGACAAGAAGCAAGUUGACGACGAGCGAAUGGAGGUUGACGAGCCGGAGAAAGAGCACAAGAAGGAGUCGAAAGAGAGGAAAAGCUCGAAGGACGAGCCCGAGCUGUCCCCUCCGGAUGAGGCUGAUAAGGAGAAGAAAGAGAUGUCAGAGGUGAAGACUGUCGUUGGAGAAGUGAAACACGUCGCUGAGGUUAUUGGAUCCACGAUUGUGAGUGGAGUGGAGGGCGUGAAAGAAAUGCUGAGCGACGCCGUGCACCAUUUGACGGAUGCGCCAAAGGACGAGCAGACUGAGGGUAAGACCGUUAGAGAGGAGUACGGCUACAACACGUGCGCC